AUGUCAUUCAUUGGAAUUGAAUUUACAGAUGAUAGUGGUGGCGGCCUUGCACUUGUAAGCAAACAGUGGUUAACACCACGUAAACAAGAGGUGUUUUGGCCGCCUUAUAAAUUUCAAUCUCAAUAUAAUAAGGCUAUUAAAAAAGGCGUAGUCCCAGAGGAAGAUGGUUCUUGGAAAAUUUUUAAAAUUAAACGCUGUUUUUUUGAAACUGAUGAUUAUAGCAAAGCACAAAGGCAAAUCAAACAAGCACAGAUAACGUCUGAUUGUCAAAGUGAAGUUGAGGAGGUUUUGCCAUUAAAGAGAACAAUCCAUAAACCGAAAAAAUUAAUAUACAGCAGCAGUGAUGAUGAGGACGAGGUUUUAUCUGAGAAGCAUAAACUUCCACCACCACCAAAGAUUGUCAGAUUAAAUAACAAGGCAAAUAAUGAUGAAGCAUCAUCUUCAUCAUCACAAACGUCAAAAAGUAUCCAACAAAGUGCAGCAUCUGAUACACUGAAUUCUUUUAAUGGUGAUCCUCAAACAUCGUACAGUAGUCCAUCUCAUUCAACAAAUAUAUUUAGAUCAUUUUCGAAUAGUACUCCAACUAUAUCAACUGUAAUUGAAAAUAGUUUUCAAGAUAGUAUCCACAAUGACGGUACAGCUCAAUUAACUUUAGAAGAUUUGCCAGUAAAUUUACCUGUAUCGACUCAAGCGGAUGUUCAUAUUUAG